UUGUUUUCCUCUCAUCAGAGUUCUUGAACCAGGGGUCUAUAACAUUUAAUAGACAUGUCAUUAUACAGUGCAGUUUUUGGAACGCAAACUGGUUCAAGCAAAGCCUGUUCUGUCUCUUUAGCAACUCCAUUAGUUGGUCGUGUACAAUCUUUUCUAGAAUUAUAGACACAACUGAUAACACUGAGAUAGGCCAGUAAUUGUUUACAUCUGUUUUUGUGCCCGCCUUAUGAAUAGGCGUUAUUCUGGCUAAUUGCCAGAUUUGGUAGAAAUGCCCCUUUCUAAAGAUGCAUUGUAUAUCAGUGUCAGUGGCUUUGACAUUAUGAUUAUAGCAUCCUUCAGUAUUUUGACGGGGAUUCUGUCGGCACCAGGAGCCUUAGAGUUAUUAAGAGCUCUUAUAGCACGUUCUACAUAUCCUACACUUAGUCUGUAGCUUACACUUGGUUCCUCCGGCUCUAUUUCCAAGGUGUUGGGAAGGCUGACUUUGUAUUUUCCCUGCUACCAUAGGUCCAACCGUUGUAAAAUGUUUGUUGAAAGCUUCUGAAAUUUGUGAAAAUGAUUUUAGUUCUGUGCCUUCAAAAAUAAUGCUUUGAGUCACAGUGUCAUUUGAGUUCUUAUUUAAAACCUUAUUUAUUGGUUUCCACAUAGCUUUUGGAUUGUUUUUGGUUUCAUCAAUAAGGUUAUGGUAACAUUCCUGUACCCUAUUAACAUUCAUUCCGCAAUUUCGUGUAGUCUGACCAAUAGGAAGUAUCAUUCUCGGAUCUCUUUUUAGCUAAAUCACGUUCCUUUAUCAGGUUUUUUAUUUUAGCAGUAAUCCAAGGAGCGUGAUGGUUAGCUACACUAUAGAGGUGCAUGCGCCUCCAGAAGAGACGUGAUAACGCCAUUAAAGAUCGAGGCCUUGAGAUCAGGGUCGCCACUAGUUGGGGCAAGCGUCAUGUUCCAGUCAAUGGUUGACAACUGAAGGGCCCUCUGCUUUCAAAACUUAACAGAUUUUCGGAAAAUCAUUGUUAUGUCAUGGAAUUCUCAAACUUGAGCUGUAGGUAGAAAGGAGAAGUGCAAAGAACCUUUUAGUGACAUCAAUUAUUAAGACUAAAAUACUUAUCGUAUUAUCGAGAAGCAAUUCACUUUUGUAAGGAAAAUACUAGAUUUCCACAAAAAAUGAUUUCUCAGGAUUAACUGAUUUCUACAUAGUGUGGUUUGCUGCUCGGAUUUCAUCAGUUAAUCUAAACAGCUAACAAAAAAGACGACGGUUCUCCGCAAAUUCUAAUACUUAUUUUACUACAAUGAAUGCCAAUCUUGGUGAUGUUCACUGCAGAUGGUGGAGGCGAUAGCAGUGUUAUUUUCCAAAUCAACAGAAUUGAGAGCUUAAACUUUCCAGAUAUUUAGCAGCAUAUUCAGAAACUUUUAAGCCCUUUAAGAGCAUUGUUAACAUAUUAUGAUAAGGUCAAUAAGGUUGUAGUUAAUAGAUAGGGGAUGCCAAAACUUGUUUUAAGCUACUCUUCAAUUUUGUUGUUGAAUAUCACAUGCAAUAACACUGUUUUGACACAAAAUUAAAGUCAAACUUAAAGCUCUACUGACUUCACUUUUAGUUGAAAGUACCUGCUACUACUUAUAGCUGUUUAAAUAAAACGACCAGAGACAAGACAAGCAUGUUGCUGAUCUUGCUAGUCAAACAUUUCUUUAUUGUAACUUUGUUUAUAUCAAAAUUGACAUUGCAUAUUCAUUGGCCCAUUUGCUUUAUUCAUCUAUCAGUCCUACUGAGGUUGUUAGUUAAUCACGAUCGUUUUAAAAUACUCCAAUAAAUUCAUCAUAAGACAAUUUGUGGAAAAGAUGGCCCAAAAGCUCUUAUUCGGUUUCAUGUGAUAUAUUGUUUCAUUUACAAAUUUUAGCAUAUCUCUAAACUAUACAAUUGUAUUUAAGCCUCCAAAUUAAAAGAAAUUAGGCGAACAACACAAUUUUUUAUCUAAGCUAACUUUAUCUACUGUACUGAACUAAAUUGUUACUGUACUGAAUAAUGUUUAAAUUUCUUUUCUAAAAUUUCGUUUGGCAAUCUUCUUGGCUCUCCUUCGCAACGGAAAGUAAAGUUUGCACGCAGGCUCAGAUACUGACGCACCCAGUGGUAUUUAAUUCGGCACAAGAGAAAAGAAAUGUUUGACUUUGGCUUUAAUCUUCUGUUUUUUGAGGAUGGACGGAUAAUAAGUCCUGCUUUCAAUUUGAAUAUGUAUAUAAUUUAGUUCCAAUAUUUUUAUUUAAUUUCUUUUGCAUUCCGCUCCGUUGAAGUCAUAGUUCAGUAAUCCCUUUUUUGCUAAAAAUGGGAUCAAUUACCUUUGUUUCUCUGGAAUUCCUGUAGUUGACAUUAAAUUGACACUUGUUUUAUCUUAACCAAUGGUGAUGGAUUAAAGGAGCAUAGUAAAUUAAGACGAUUAUUCAAACAAAACAAAACACUGUAUAUGUAUAUACCUGUGAGAUAAAGAAGCCUUUUGUCAUCAGCGUUUUUUAACCGUAGAUUACUUACCAUUAUUUGAUUAUCAACGAGUUUUAAAGGGAAUCAUUGCCAGAAAAUCUUAAAUUGUUUUUCGAAGUUCUAUUGUAUUAUUGCUUCAGUAAUAAACUAGAAGUAACGAUACGUUAUGAAAUGCAUGCGCUUGAGGAAAGGAAAAAUGCCAAAGUUAAGUUGUACGAUGGCGAUACACAGAAAUGGACAAAGACAAACACAAGAAGUACUUGACUAUCACCAGGAUAUUAACAAUAACAGAAUAAAACAGCUUAGUAAGACAACUUAUAGUGAAAAAGUAUUAGCAAUAUCAAACGAGCUCCCGUUUUUGCCAUCAUUACGAAUAGGUUUCUAUCAAAGCUCCCAAACUCCAGGUGUAGAGACAGAGUAUAUUUUGAGGAUUUUAGGAAUUUUUGCCUGUAAUAGAACAGAAGCUUUCAAAAUUCUCAUACUUUAUACAGAAGGCUAGGUUCGCCAUAUGAAUUAAUUUUCUCGCCACAUGCACAAGCAGAAGACUAGGUUCAGGAAGCUUUCCAAAGUGUACAGCAAAUACCUAGAUAUCAAAUAAAGAAAUGGCAAUAAAACCAUGACAAAUGGGCCUAGCUAUUUUCAAUUAUUCACCUCAAGAGAUAGUUGCUACUUCAUAAACUAAAAUUUCUGCAUCUAUUCACAAUUUUACCUGGGCUAGACCAUCACAAUCGCGUCAGUCAACUCGAGGCAGCUUUGACCACAGGAAGUGAAGCCGGGAGAAAUUACAUUUGUACGGCAAAAACGGAGAGGUGCUGUAGAAACAAUUUUAUGAAACGUGCGAAAUUAAGCAAAGAAUUCAGGCGAAAAUUAAGUUUUAAGAUUUUAAAGUGUAAAAUAUGAAACACCUACGAACGUGAAUGGGAAGGUAAUGCAUAAUUCUUUGCAUUAAGAGUGAUGGUACCGGUCGUUGUUUUUGGAGGAUCUACAGUCCUUUUUGCAGUCCGAUUUACAGAAAAGCAACAAUAUUGAAGAACCUAAAAUGGUAUGGAGGGGGCCUAUUAUAGGGGGACGAAAAGCCGCAGAACCGUGCAAAAAUCAACCAAAUGCCGCAAUCCGCACUGAAAUUAAGCGCGAAGACGCGGCCGCGAUAGCAAAAGAGGCCCUAUAAGGGGUAAUUGAAAUAUGAAAUAAUUAAAGUUUUCGGGGAGAAAAUAUGACUAUUUAGAUGUUUUGGCUUUGAAAUAUGAAAUAACUUUGGUUCCCAAUAUGAAAUAACAAAAUAACUGAAUAAAUCUUUUAAUGUUGUGUUAGAAUUAGCUAUUUGAUAACAGUAUUGACUCAAGUGUCUUUUGAUAUGUAGAGCUGUUAAAAUACCAUAUUACACCUGGGUUGCUCUUUUAAAUUUUUCAAACUUUUUCGGGGCAUUUUCUCAAAGGAGGCACUUAAAAUAAGAAGAGGUUUCAUACUUCAUGAUUAGUAAAAAUGCCAAUAGCAUAGAAUCUACCGCAAAUAGUUUUGGCUUAUAUUAUCUCAACAAAAUAGACGAAAAUACCAGAUAGCAUCAUACAAAUGUUUUUAUCUAUAUUAAUUGUUCCACAUCUUUAUACAGUUUUGUAAAUUAUCUUCUGAAAAUUCCCUAGCCAUGAAUAUUACGUCAACCGCUGUUAUUAUGUAUUAAUUGGGACUGACCAUCUCAUGAAUCAGUCUGAAAACUGUACGUAGAUAUUUUGUCCGACUUGCGGAGACAAAGUUCUUCGAAAACAUUUGACAAGUGAAAAGAACCCUAUGACACCAUAUAAAACUCCCGGAUAUUUCUUGGGGAUCCUAUUUGUUUGUUGGCCGGCCCUGCUUACACGGCCAUAGAGGUGCCAGUUACACUAUAUCACUGUAUUAUCCUACCUCUUUGGUAUGGGCACUAUUGUUUAAAUUUCCUCUCCCACUCUUGUUCUAACUGACAGCAAUGACUGGCAGUAGCUUGUCCAUUCUUAAGUUACUCCUAUUCGACAUGGAGUUCUUUUCAAAACCUUUGGUGUAAAGUGAAAAGCUUUGCCGCGGACCGUUAUUUCAUUUCAAAGCCGCAACCGUAUUAUAAAAGCCGUAAACCGUUGCGAAUUUAUAUCAAAAGACGCAAGACGCAACUUUUGUUGAAACCGCAGUCCGUAGAUAAACCAUGUUUAAAUCGGGAGGCCGCACGUAAAAAUAGGGUCCAAGCCGUGAAGCCGCAAACCUAUAAUAGGCCUAAUUGUAAACAAACCGGUGAAGUAAAAUUGAUCCAUCACCAUACAUAUAUAUCCGUAGAAAUACUGACGGUCUCCGUUUACUUCCAACCCUAUUAAAAGACUUCCUUUUCUUGUCAGUCUGUCAAUCCUUACACACAAAAAACGCACGAAAUAACCAGCGAGAUGCAAUCGAACGCCAUACACUGAGUCACUUCUUGCCGUGCAAUGCGGAAAUCGAUAGGCUUCACUGCCUCCCUAAUCAGUGAUGUACGAUUCAUUGCUUUAAAAUGUCAUACCUAAGGAGUCGCUCAGGUAUAUGAGUCACUCAGAUUCACUCACAUUUCGCAACGAAGUGUAUGACACAGGAAAAAAUUAUAAAUCAAAAUGCCAUAGGGAUCCUGUUCCCAAAAGACAAUGGAAAUUUUGCUGACGUUGCACUAAAAUCUCAAACUUUGUCAAGAUUCGGAGGCAUGCUGUCGCAUGCAAUAAAGUCAAGCUUUUUGCGAAUUUUAGUUCCACUGUGAAAUCAUUUAAUCGAGAGCCUUAACACUUAAGGUAUGAAAAUGUUAUAUAUAUGCCUAGUCCUUGUAGGUCUAGAGACACCGUUAGAACAAGGGAUUCCUAUUUAAUAAUCCUUCCGUGGGUUCCUAUUUAAUAAUCCUUCCAAGCAAAACCCAUUCCAGGUAAAAUGUCAUAUGAAAUAAAAGGACAAGCUCGAUUUGCAACUUCAUUUGAAGAGUGUAUAAGCAGCGGUAGGACAACUAGCAUUAAUGAUAGAAAGCUUAGGUACUAUAAAUUAUUUGAAAAUCAAUUCGAAAAAGCGAUCUUCGUGUAAUGAACUCCCUACUAAGACAGUGGAUUGCUAAAUUUAGAUGCAAUGAUAAAAGUAGUUCAGCAUAAAAGCAUAGCUUUGGAAGAAAGUAAUGAAACGCUUCAUGUAUAAAAUUUCAUAAAUUUAACGCUUAUUGUAUUAAAGGCGAGGCACCAAAUUGUAAGGCAACAACACGUGAGUCGUGAUAUAAUGCAACUUCUCAGCAAUCCAGAGGACAAAAAUGAAACUUUUUAACUGAUAAAUGCAAAUGCAGACGAAAAUAUAAUUUAUUGCAAAAUAUCCGAAAGAAGCAAUAGAUAUAGAAUAAGUAGACAGAUAGCUAGAAUAGAAUAACAGGAGAAUAGAUAGCUAACCUAACGGAGAUUCAUCACACUUUUAGCAUUCGUUUUGUUUCUGUUCGACCUCACUUUCACUGUUCAUUUUUUGAUGUUUGUUAUAUUCACAAAAAGGUCUUUUAAUAAUGUUUAUAGGUUUCGUAUACCCGUUUAGAUUAUAAAUAUAAUGUGAGUCUAAGAUCAUUAUUCUCGUUGGGGGGGGGGAGCUUAACAUGUUUGGAGGUACGGGGGCGUGCCAGUAUUUAGGGGUACUUUUUUCUAAAAUGUAAGGAAUUAUCGGUAUCAAUUUUUGAAAUAUGUGCGAAACUAUGGCUAUCAUUUGAAAAAUAAUGCAGAAUUAUUAAGAGGGAUAUUCGGCAUUAAAAAAAAAUGAAUGGCCAGUUAGAAAAAAAGCUAUGAAAUAUGUGUAAUAUUGAGAUUUUGGGGCAAAGGAGAUGCAAAUUUGUUGCAUGAUUUUUAUGUGCUUUAAUAAUUUCAUUUGCUUUGCGGAAUUAUGGGUCCAAAUUUUUAACCAAAAUGACACGUCCCCGUAAAAAAUUAGGCUUAGUUUACCCCCCGAGUCACUAUUAAAUUAAGAUUAUUAGUAAAUUGAGAUUAUUUGCCCGACAGAAGUUGUAAUUUCGCUUUAAGAUCAAAGAAAAAAUUCAAAUCUUUUUCGAUGUGAGGCUUCAUUAUAUACUUAAACGAGAACAGAAUAGAACAAUUGAUGUGGUUUUAAAAUAAAAAAUCUAGUCACUGAGUAGCACUAGUCACUGAGCUAAUUUUUCACAGGAUAGGUUAGAGUAUUUCAAGGCAUAUAUUGAGUCUAGCACGGUUCUUAAAUUGUUUUUGAAUUUCAUCGAUUUUGAAUCUCAAUAUUCUUAUAGACUUCAUUCUUUAGAAAAGUUGUGCAUCUCCCGACGCAUAUCCAUGGCUAUUUAGAUUCCCAAUGGUCUGUCUAUACAAUAAACCUAUCGGCAAUCAGUGUGUUCUCCAACAGAAAAACUCUCCUGUUUCAGAUUCUUUUGUUAACUUUGUCCGCUUGACUGACGAAAUGCCCGUGGUACGUUUUUUGGAGCCCUUUUGUUUACAACCACAGAUUUCUGCAGCAUUGGCAUUUUUGACACUGGAGUAUACGGUGAUGUGGAUUAUGUUGACAAGACGAUGAAAAUGGUACCGGGUUGAUUUUCGUUUGGAAACCAACAUUAUGAUAAGUUCAUUUUGCUGGAGAGCCAGUUUUAUUACAGUGCUUUUAAGGGUGUUGUUUCUGCUGUCAGUGGGUGCAGUCUUUGCGUCGGGGCAAAACUGCACAGAAAUAUGCGACAUAAAUGCAGUUUGCAGCAAUGGGAGUUGUGUGUGCAAUGUAGGAUUUACAGGGAAUGGCUCAUUUUGUGCGGUUCCUGAUACGAUAUCAUCAAGUAGCGGUGAGAAAUCCACAGUGGCCUCCAGGAACGAAUCUGUUUCACUUCCAGCUACAAGUUCUGUGGGGGCAUCGACAAGUACUCAAGUACUUUUAUCGUCUGGCAAUGAAUUUACAACACCAACAUCGAGUAUACCAAGUGCAGUAGCUUCUACUAGUGUUCCUCUUUCGAUAUCAUCAAGCAUUUCUGAUACUUCGAUUGUGUCCCCCUAUGGAACUUCAUCAACAGGAAUAAUUACAUCUGAUUUCCAAACUAGUAUUGGAGCUACAUCAUCGUUGCCUUCUUCAGUGAUUCCGACCACUUUAAAUACAAUAGCUGCGACAAGUUCAUCUUCAGUUGCUGAUACGAUAUCAUCAAGCAGUGCUGAGACAUCAACAGUGGUUUCAAGUAUAGGAUCUGUUUCACUUGCAGUUACUAGUUCUGUAGAGGCAUCGACAAGUACUCAAGUACUGUUAUCGUCUAGCACUGAAAUUACAACACCAACAUCGAGUAUACCAAGUGCAGUAGCUUCUACUAGUGUUCCUGUUUCGAUAUCAUCAAGCAUUUCUGAUACUUCGAUUGUUUCCCCCUAUGGAACUUCAUCAACAGGAAUAAUUACAUCUGAUUUGCAAACUAGUAUUGGAGCUUUAUCAUCGUUGCCUUCUUCAGUGAUUCCGACCACUUCAAAUUCAUUAGCUGCGACAAGUUCAUCUUCAGUUGCUGAUACGAUAUCUUCAAGCAGUGCUGAGACAUCAACAGUGGUUUCAAGUAUAGGAUCUGUUUCACUUGCAGUUACGAGUUCCGUAGAGGCAUCGAUAAGUACUCAAGUACUUUUAUCGUCUAGCACUGAAAUUACAACACCAACAUCGAGUAUACCAAGUACAGUAGCUUCUACAAGUGUUCCUGUUUCGAUAUCAUCAAGCAUUUCUGAUACUUCGAUUGUAUCCCCCUAUGGAACUUCAUCAACAGGAAUAAUUACAUCUGAUUUGCAAACUAGUAUUGGAGCUACAUCAUCGUUGCCUUCUUCAGUAAUUCCGACCACUUCAAAUUCAAUAGCUGCGACAAGUUCAUCUUCAGUUGCUGAUACGAUAUCAUCAAGCAAUGCUGAGACAUCAACAGUGGUUUCAAGUAUAGGAUCUGUUUCACUUGCAGUUACGAGUUCUGUAGAGGCAUCGACAAGUACUCAAGUACUGUUAUCGUCUAGCACUGAAAUUACAACACCAACAUCGAGUAUACCAAGUGCAGUAGCUUCUACUAGUGUUCCUGUUUCGAUAUCAUCAAGCAUUUCUGAUACUUCGAUUGUUUCCCCCUAUGGAACUUCAUCAACAGGAAUAAUUACAUCUGAUUUGCAAACUAGUAUUGGAACUACGUCAUCGUUGCCUUCUUCAGCGAUUCCGACCACUUCAAAUUCAAUAGCUGCGACAAGUUCAUCUUCAGUUGCUGAUACGAUAUCAUCAAGCAGUGCUGAGACAUCAACAGUGGUUUCAAGUAUAGGAUCUGUCUCACUUGCAGUUACGAGUUCCGUAGAGGCAUCGAUAAGUACUCAAGUACUGUUAUCGUCUAGCAUUGAAAUUACAACACCAACAUCGAGUAUACCAAGUGCAGUAGCUUCUACUAGUGUUCCUGUUUCGAUAUCAUCAAGCAUUUCUGAUACUUCGAUUGUGUCCCCCUAUGCAACUUCAUCAACAGAAAUAAUUACAUCUGAUUUGCAAACUAGUGUUGGAGCUACAUCGUCGUUGCCUUCUUCAGUGAUUCCGACCACAUCAAAUACAAUAGCUGCGACAAGUUCAUCUUCAGUUGCUGAGACGAUAUCAUCAAGCAGUGCUGAGACAUCAACAGUGGUUUCAAGUAUAGGAUCUGUUUCACUUGCAGUUACGAGUUCUGUAGAGGCAUCGAAAAGUACUCAAGUACUGUUAUCGUCUAGCACUGAAAUUACAACACCGACAUCGAGUAUGCCAAGUGCAGUAGCUUCUACUAGUGUUCCUGUUUCGAUAUCAUCAAGCAUUUCUGAUACUUCGAUUGUUUUCCCCUAUGGAACUUCAUCAACAGGAAUAAUUACAUCUGAUUUGCAAACUAGUAUUGGAGCUACAUCAUCGUUGCCUUCUUCAGUGAUUCCGACCACUUCAAAUACAAUAGCUGCGACAAGUUCAUCUUCAGUUGCUGAUACGAUAUCAUCAAGCAGUGCUGAGACAUCAACAGUGUUUUCAAGUAUAGGAUCUGUCUCACUUGCAGUUACGAGUUCUGUAGAGGCAUCGACAAGUACUCAAGUACUGUUAUCGUCUAGCACUGAAAUUACAACACCAACAUCGAGUAUACCAAGUGCAGUAGCUUCUACUAGUGUUCCUGUUUCGAUAUCAUCAAGCAUUUCUGAUACUUCGAUUUUUUCCCCCUAUGGAACUUCAUCAACAGGAAUAAUUACAUCUGAUUUGCAAACUAGUAUUGGAGCUACAUCAUCGUUGCCUUCUUCAGUGAUUCCGACCACUUUAAAUACAAUAGCUGCGACAAGUUCAUCUUCAGUUGCUGAUACGAUAUCAUCAAGCAGUGCUGAGACAUCAACAGUGGUUUCAAGUAUAGGAUCUGUUUCACUUGCAGUUACGAGUUCUGUAGAGGCUUCGACAAGUACUCAAGUAAUGUUAUCGUCUAGCACUGAAAUUACAAUACCAACAUCGAGUAUACCAAGUGCACUAGCUUCUACUAGUGUUCCUGUUUCGAUAUCAUCAAGCAUUUCUGAUACUUCGAUUGUGUCCUCCUAUGGAUCUUCAUCAACAGGAAUAAUUACAUCUGAUUUGCAAACUAGUAUUGGAGCUACAUCAUCGUUGCCUUCUUCAGUGAUUCCGACCACUUCAAAUACAAUAGCUGCGACAAGUUCAACUUCAGUUGCUGAUACGAUAUCAUCAAGAAGUGCUGAGACAUCAACAGUGGUUUCAAGUAUAGGAUCUGUUUCACUUGCAGUUACGAGUUCUGUAGAGGCAUCGACAACAACUGAAGAUGAACUUGUCGAGCUAUUGAUUGAAGUGGUCGGAAUCACUGAAGAAGGCAACGAUGAUGUAGCUCCAAUACACUAG